GAUAUUUAUACAUAUAUACAUACAUACGCACACACACACACAGAAAUCCUAUACAAACAAUAUAAUAUAUAUGUGUAUAUAAUCGCAUAUACAUACAUACACCCACACAAAUUUGGUUACUCGUAGAUUUCUUUCACCUCACCUUGUAACCACUUCGCCGACACCCCCAAGUUCCCUCCCUCACAGGGCUGUGGUGCUGUUCAUUGUUAUAAUAAUAAUUAUUAUUAUUAUAAUUUUCCUUUUACCUAUCCCAACUCUGUCCCUCACACACACACACACGCACCUUUCUUUUAAAUCAUGGAAGAGCCCAAUGGGUCUAAUUCAAACAGCAGAGAGACUAGCCUGGAUGUUUUGUUGGAGCUUACACAACUCACACAAGCCGACUCAGAAAGUUUGCCAGACGGGACUACCCUUGCCAAAGCCAUAUAUGACAAUCUUGCAGAGUCAGCUAACGAACUUGCAUUUCGGCGUGGAGAUGUCCUCGCCGUUCUCGAGCAAGACACAGAUGGCAUGGUGGGAUGGUGGCGAUGCACAUUCCGAGGAAAAACUGGUAUUGCCCCAGGAAACCGACUCAAAAUUCUUACUGGCAUGUCCAACCUCACCUCGACGCCAAAUAAGGAUUCCAGCAGCUAUGACCAGAAUCCUUCACUGGCGAGUAACUGGCAUCGACGUAGCUGGGAUGUGACACCAAAUAAGGUUGGUCAACAAGCUGACCCUGGAGGCCCAACAUAUGACCACCCACCUGUCCGGCACACUCCGGAAGAUUAUGAUGUACCUCCAACACAGUCGUCAGACUCCAACUCUGAUCUGCAAGCCAACUAUGACACUCCAAAAGAGAGAAGGUUUGACCAGUCACCAGACCAGUCUAUCUGCAAUUAUCCUUCGACAUCUCUACCAGCAGACAGUUCUUUUAAAAGUUUCCUUUCAAAUGACUGCGACACCUACGAUGUGCCACCAUCGAACCGAUCAAGCAUGGCAUCUUUCAAAUCCACUGAGUCCACUAUGACUUUGUCUAGCAGUGCAUCGAACCAGAGUCUUCCACGAUCAUCAAACACAUCCAGCCUCUGCGAUUCUGCCCGGUCCAGUCUGGAUGCAUCUGCUGUUUACGACGUUCCACCUGACCAUUCUUCUCAUAACUUAAAGCAACAGUUUGAUUCAGUUCUAGACUUGUAUGAUACUCCGCCCUCGCAUACAAAGACCUCACCAUCACCUUCCAAUUCAGCGAUCAUGGAUGACUACGAUGUCCCCAAGUCAGCAUUUGAAGACUAUGAUCUGCCACCAGUUGAACCACCAUCCAACAACUUUGAUAUGCCAUCACUCGCAUUUGAACAGGAUCUUGGAGAACUCUACGACACACCUAAAAAUGCUGGUUCAAACAACGAGCUAAAGAAAAUUCCAGGUGCAUCACCUGUUAGUAAACCUGCAGCACCACCUGUUGGUAAAGUGACAAAUGCUGCAUCACCUCAUAACAAGCCAGUAAUUACAGCUGCAUCUUCAGUUUAUGAUAUUCCUCCACAAGUGUCUCGUGACUCCUUGAUUUCUGCCAAGUCUGAUUCUUCAGAUGGUCAAGAUGCCGGCCGACUCUCUUCCUGUAGCACAGGGUCACGUGGCUCUGACAUCCCCAUUUACAAUGAACUUCCACUUGCACAAGACGUGGCUAUGGACCUGUUGGUCAAGAGACAGCAAGAUGUUCUGAAAGCCAUCAACAAAAUGUCACCCUUUAUCAGUAGUUCCUGGCGCCAGAGAAAUAAUUUGGAACCAAAUCUCCAUGACAUAAGAGCAGCUGCCGAUAACAUGCAGAUGUCUUUGGCUGACUUUGUAGAAUUUGCUGAGGGUACUCUAGCAAAUUCUGUCAGCAAAUGUGACCGUAAACUUGUGAAUAAACUGUACAAGUUGCUGACGCCUCUUCAGCAGGCUUUACAACAGAUUUUACUUAGCAUCAAGAAUCUUUCUGCAAUCCAGUGGCAGAUAAAUCUGCUGGUGAGUAGCAAUGGUGCUAAGGAUGACGAUUUAGGAAAGAUAGCCAACCUUUCUAAAACGCUUACGAUUGACGUCCGCAACCUUGCUUCGUUUAUUCAGGGAAACUCCGUGCUUCUCUUCAAGAAUUCUGACAUUUCUGGAUCUCAAACAGAUUUCAACAAAACUGAUAGUAUAGUAGUACCAGUGCCGACCAAGUCAGGUAGUAUUGGAAGCAUGGAGGCAUUCUCAAAGAGUAUCCAUGGCCGCCGUCACAGUAGCGGCAGUGUUCAGAACCGCCCUCUCCCUCCUCCACCCCCAGUCAAUCGGCCACUCCCUCCUACUCCUUCCCAGCUGACGUUGCUGACCAAGCCAGAUACGAUACCUUCGAAAAGGUCACCUGUGAUAAUAAACGUCUCCAAGAAGGAGGACCCAGACUCCUUAGAUUUUCUGGAAUAUGAUUAUGUUCAACUGGAAACACGGGACCCAAGCCCUGAAAAAGUAGUGACCCCUUCAACAGAUGUUCCUUCAAAACAAACUUCUGUUCGAAAAGACCAGGAACAAUCUCAAAAGGGCAAUGAAAAAUCCGAACCAAAUAACAUGAAUGACCCUGUAUCCUCAUUAGAAGCGGCCAUCAACUCUAUGCAAUUAGGAUCAUCUAGCCUCUUAAAUCUUUCCACGGGGACCAAAGAGAUCAACAACCGAUCAGAUGUUGAUUCACCAUUUUCAUUGGCCAAUUCAACAGAGUAUUCAAAAGAGGUACAGGACAUCAGUAGAGGGCUUGAUUAUGUAUCAUUAUCGAAGUCUCUUGAAAUAGAUUUUGACCAGGAACUAAAGACACCAGUGAAUACCACAAGCAACACUGAUGUUUCAGGUUACAAUUCAAACAUAAAUGGGGGAGUUGUAUCCGAGAACAAUUUCCAUAUGAAACGCCUGGCCCCCAAUGACCGGCAAGUUUUGCUCUAUUACUCGGAACAGAUGAACACGCACUAUACAUUACUCAACAACUCCAUCGAGGCUUUCUACAACUGCAUCGACAGCAUCCAAACUCCAAAAGUGUUUAUUUCCAACAGCAAAUUUGUUGUGUUGUCCGCCACAAAAAUGGUGUACAUCGGCGACACGCUUCAUCGGAAUUUAAUGGACACUGACUUCCGCAAUCGCAUCCUGCACUGCACAACACUACUGUGCAACAAUCUCAAAUCAACAGUAGCAGCUACUAAAACAGCUGCAAUAUAUUAUCCAUCUGUGCAGGCAGUGCAAGACAUGGUCAAUCGAGUCAAAGAGGUAUUUAGAGUUGCCAAUGAACUGAAGAAUAUAAUUGGUCAAGCCUCAUUUCUUUGACAUGAUUUUUACCAAAUGUUAUUUCUUCUCAUCAACUGUCAUGUUCCUUCGUUGAUGCUCAUGCGAUGUGCAUCAAAUGCUGGAAUUCGGGAAAAACAGGAAGACUGAUUCUCCUUUGACUUUUUAACUGCUUUUCAUGGAUCAUACAAACAAAACUUUGGAUUAUCUCUAUGUGAAACCCAAGCUUCCCAUCGCUACAUGUAGAGAUUACUGUAUUUAUUCUUCCCUCUAAGUCACAUAAAUAAUUAACAAUAAUAAUAAUAAUAAUGAUAAUAACAAAGGCACAAAGCCAACAGUUCUGAGGGAGGGUUUUAGUUUAUACCAUUGACUCCCAGUACCUGACUACUACUUUAUCAAUAAUAACAAUAAUAAUAAGAAGAAUUAAAAUAACAGUUGUUAUGGGUGCUUUGCGGGGACAGUUACAACUAAAAUAAAGACAUGGAAUAUGAAGUAAGGAAUUACAAUGUGUAAAGAAUUUCUUUUGGUAGAUGGCACUGUUAGAAACAGCUCAGAUUCUGAGGAAGGUUCUUGAAAUUAUAUAAGAAGGAAGAAAAUUUGAGGUGUUUGUUAAUUGUUCUUUUAUGACUCGCUCAAACAUAAAUAAUUGGCUUGCGAUUAGCCUGUUGAAAUAAUAAUAGUAAUAACAAUGGUUUCAAAUUUUGGCACUAGGCCAGCAAUUCUGGGGCAGGGAUAAGUCGAUUAUAUUGACCCCAGUGUUCAACUGGUACUUAUUCUAUCGACCCCGAAAGGAUGAAAGACAAAGUUGACUCCUACGGCAUUUGAACAAGAAAUGCUGCUAAGCAUUUUGCUUGGUGCAGUAAUGGCUCUGCCAGCUUGCUACCUUCCAUAAAAAUAAUAAUAAUGAAAAGAAGCAUUUUUAAUAUUAAUGGUAAAAAAAAAACAUACAUUUUUGCAAAGGUGUGCUGUUAAAUUAAUACCAAUAUAUGACUGGUAUGUGCUUCAAUGAUUGUGGAGGGAUGAAAAGUGAAAUCAUCCGUUGUAGGAUUUGCGUAGAAUUAAAUAUUGCAUCAUGAAAGAGAUAUUUUAGCCAUCUUUAAAAGAAAUAAAGCAGAAAAUCUGUUAGGUUCCCUUAUAUUUCUUUAGGUGUCAUAGCAACCAGGUUGCAGUUAUGUGACAAAAAUUUUGACCCCUCAAGACAGAAAUAAAAAGUGAAUUUAUCAUUUUUAAGUGUUUUUACAUGGCUACAGUAAUUCUUCCAUCAUGUAAUUGCUUCAGUUUUAACACACGGUGUCAGACCAAGUUGUUUGCCAGAGAAGCACAACUAACACUUAAAUAUUGUCAUUCUUUUCAACUCUCUGCUGUUCUACACCUCCACUGCCUGAUAUUAGUGUUUAGUUUAGGCACAAGGCAAGCUAGCAGUUUGUUGAGGAGGAGAUUGAUUCAUUAUAUUUUUACAAGUACUUGCCUCGUUCUUUAUUUUGUCAAACCUCUAAAGGAAUAAGGGCAGAGUUGUCCUUGACAGAAUAUGAACUCAAAAGUUUAUAAAGAGCCGAAACAUAUACAUCGGUUAUUUUGUCGAAUGUUCUAAAGAGUCUGUCAAAAGCAUAAGUUGAGGCCAGAAAGUUUAGUGUGGGAAGGGGUGGGAUGACCUGUAGAUUAUGUUGACCCUCAUACUGGCCAGUUUGUAGGGAAAGUGUUUACAUCAGCAAUUUCACCUCAGUAUAUAACUGAUGUUAAUUUUAAAGAUCCUGCAAGUGGUAACAGAGGGAACAGAUAUUUCUCAUGAGAUCUGAUCACAAUGAUAAUUAAUAUUUUGUAAGGUGAGUGUGUAAAAUUAAUUAUAAACCAAACUAGGAUAUUACUGAUAUUUAUUUUAGAGUAAUGAAGGACAAGUAGCCCCCACUCCCUUGCCCUGCUCCCAACCAUCCUUGUGAAAGUUCAAUUUUGAACUAAGAGACACAUGAAGAAACUAUCAGUUUGGUGUCAAGACAACUGGCACCAAAAAUCUUUCUUACCUUUCAUGAAAGUAAUGGUUGAGAUUUACAUUGGUACAAGAGUAAGAAUCCUUAAGGGACGGAGAGCAGUGGAUUAAAUCAAAACUCCAGUGUAUUACUGGUAUUUAUUUGAUAAAUCUCAGAAAGACUAUGAAAUAAACUUUGGUCACAAUGAUAUUUAAAGUUAAAAUAUAAACGAGUGAACACUUAAAUAUUUGUUUGAUCAGGUACUCAUUUUUGUUGUUGUCAUUACAUCAACUUUAUAACUACGAUAUAGUAAUAACGACUAUUUUAUUUAAACAAACUCUCUGGCAGUUUGAUUUUUAUUUAAAUAUAAAUAUUUUUGUUUAAAAACUUA